CUAUGCCAUGUACACCCCGUGAAAGAAAUCCCCGUGGAGUUGUGAGCAAUUUAUAUGCCUACCUCCGGAUCAUCGGAUGCAUCGGGGCCAUGCUACCGAUUUGCUUGUUCAAAGCUUCGCUUCUAUUGUAAUCUUGGAGACAUUCCGCCUGUCCGAAGAAUUCCACAAACAAGAAUUCUAGCCCCCUCCCCUACCCUCCCCCCAGAAAUUCUAAAGACAACAAGGUUUCUUGCACGGACAUCCUCCCCUCCAUACAUCAUGGCGGAAGAAACCCCCCGCGUUAACGGGCAAUACCUGGGCAACUUCAGACACCGCCAUGUUCGUCUUAUCGGCAAGGUGGCACAAUUAAUGGGUGAAACGGCCGUGAUCGAUUGCACUGGCAUGGUGACCAUCCACUUGAAUCGGGAGUCGCAUUUGAGCGUGGACCAUUGGGUUGAGAUUAUCGGCAAAGUUAACGAGGACAUGUCUAUCAAAGUGCUCAACAGCACGGAUUUUGGGACCAAUAUCGACUAUACGUCGGUCGAGGCGGUUGUUGACUUGACGCACCGGUACCGAUCGAUAUUCUAUGGCGAUGCGGAAGCCAAACCAUGAUGGAGCACGAUGAGUGAUUUCAUCGAACGGAAUGCGCCUGAGGGGCAAGGCCGAAGUGGAAGCGACGCCUAUCCUGCCUAUCCUGCCUAUCCAUGGCCUGGAUAACUGUCCGAGCCCUGUGGAGUUAAAAUGAGCAUGUAUUAUAUAGGCCACAAGCCAAGACGGCCAGGCAUGUGUAAGAGCUGCGAUCUCCUGAUCCGCCUUCUAUCCCCACUGUACUGUGUAUAACAAAGC